CGCCCAGCACAUAGGCGAGGCAGGCGAGCCGGGCUGGGAGAUACGCGCCGCGCCGGGGUCCCCCGCGACCCCCCGUUCUCAGCGCGAGCCUCCCCCGAGCAAAGCAGUGGGCUCUGGCGGUGAUCAGGAUGUGUCUGGCUGGUGGUGUCACCCCUUCUUCUUGAGACCAUUUCCAUGGUAACCCGAUCAAGCGGCUCCCACCGCGCAAACCUGAGGAUUUCGGGCGGCUCGCCCACCGACCGGCGUGACCUCGGCCAGGUUUACUCGAAAUUUUUUUAUUAAAAUGGAAAGCUGUGAAGAAAGAAAAAGAUAGCAGUUGGAGUGAACAUUUCCUGGAUGAAUAUUUCACCUAGAAGACAUCAACAUUUUUAAAAACGAUGUGAUAAUUUGGAAGAUCGUGGCAGUGAAUUGCAAACAAUAUUGUUUUCAUUCAGUCAACGGGUUUUUAAAUCAUUCCUUGGAGUUAGUGAAGUUUGGAGAUGGUGUGUGAUGGGAAAUAUCAUGUGCCAGUGUUUCCUCGUGAUUGUAUCUUGGAUUAGCUUGCUGCUGUUUUGAAGAUAUUCUACUUUGAAGGACAACAACCUAAUGUGAUGGAUUUAUCUUCAGAAAUGAGCAGACAUGGGAAGAAUCCAGUGAGUCACAAGCUAGAAGACCAGAAGAAGAUUUACACUGACUGGGCCAACCACUACCUAGCAAAAUCAGGCCACAAGCGGCUGAUCAAGGAUUUACAACAGGACAUUGCCGAUGGAGUAUUGCUAGCAGAAAUCAUCCAGAUCAUUGCAAAUGAAAAAGUUGAAGAUAUCAAUGGAUGUCCUAGAAGUCAGUCUCAGAUGAUUGAAAAUGUUGAUGUCUGCCUAAGUUUUCUAGCAGCCAGAGGAGUAAAUGUUCAAGGUCUAUCUGCUGAAGAAAUAAGAAAUGGAAACCUAAAAGCCAUUCUAGGACUGUUUUUCAGCUUGUCCCGCUACAAGCAGCAACAGCAUCAUCAGCAACAGUACUACCAGUCUCUGGUGGAGCUUCAGCAGCGUGUGACUCACACAUCCCCACCAUCAGAAGCCAGUCAGGCCAAAACCCAGCAAGACAUGCAGUCCAGUCUGACAGCCAGAUAUGCAACUCAGUCUAAUCACAGUGGAAUUGCAACCAGUCAAAAAAAGCCUACUAGGCUUCCUGGGCCAUCUAGGGUACCAGCUGCAGGCAGCAGCAGCAAGGCCCAAGGAGCCUCCAACCUAAACAGGAGAAGUCAGAGCUUCAACAGCAUUGACAAGAACAAGCCUCCCAAUUAUGCAAAUGGAAAUGAAAAAGAUUCCUCCAAAGGACCUCAACCAUCUUCAGGUAUAAAUGGUAAUGUACAGUCUCCCAGCAUGGCUGCGCAGCCCCCUGCCUCUGCCAUCCCUUCUCCGAGUGCCAGCAAGCCAUGGCGCAGCAAGUCGAUGAAUGUCAAGCACAGUGCCACGUCUACCAUGUUGACCGUGAAGCAGUCCAGCCCAGCCACCUCUCCUACACCAUCCUCAGACAGAUUGAAGCCGCCUGUCUCAGAAGGUGUCAAAACGGCUCCCUCGGGGCAGAAAUCAAUGCUUGAAAAAUUCAAGUUGGUCAACGCCCGGACUGCAUUACGCCCCCCGCAGUCUCCCAGUUCAGGACUCAGCGAUGGUGGAAAGGAUGAUGAUGUCUUUUCUGAAUCUGGUGAGAUUGAAAGUUUUAACCCUGCUCUGAAUAGUGGUGGCUCCACAAAUAGCAGUCCCAAAGUGUCACCUAAACUGGUCCCUCUGAAGGCUGGAAGCAAAAAUCUCAGCAAUAAAAAGUCUUUGCUACAGCCAAAAGAAAAAGAGGAAAAGAACAGAGACAAAAGUAAGGUGUGCACUGAAAAACCAGUCAAGGAAGAAAAGGAUCAGUUGACUGAUACAGCUCCAAAAAAGACCUCUAAGAUUGCAAGCUUGAUCCCAAAGGGCAGCAAGACAACAGCAGCCAAGAAGGAAAGCCUAAUUCCAUCUUCCAGUGGGAUUCCAAAACCAGGCUCAAAGGUGCCAACAGCAAAGCAAACCAUUUCACCAGGCAGCACAGCAAGCAAAGAGUCAGAAAAACUAAGGACUACUAAGGGAAGCCCUUCCCAGUCCUUACCCAAACCCAUAACCUCAGAGAAAGCAAGCACAUCCAGUUUGCCUGGUCCCUUGGAGGGAAGGGAAGCUGGCCACGCUUCUCCCUCCAGUUCCAAUAUGGGACAAUCCGCACAAAGCAGUGGGCAGAGCACAGGGAAUGGUGCUGUCCAACUCCCUCAGCAGCAGCAACACAGUCACCCGAACACUGCCACCGUGGCUCCAUUCAUUUACAGAGCACAUUCAGAAAAUGAAGGCACCUCUUUACCAUCUGCUCACUCUUGUACCAGUCCUACGAAGAUGGACUCAUCAUAUAGUAAGACUGCUAAGCAGUGUCUGGAGGAGAUAUCUGGUGAAGACCCUGAAACCAGAAGAAUGAGAACUGUGAAGAACAUAGCGGACCUAAGGCAGAACUUAGAAGAAACCAUGUCCAGUCUUCGUGGGACCCAGAUCAGCCACAGCACUCUGGAGACGACAUUUGACAGCACAGUGACAACGGAAGUAAAUGGAAGGACCAUACCCAACUUGACAAGUCGCCCUACUCCCAUGAGCUGGAGGCUGGGCCAGGCAUGUCCCAGACUACAGGCAGGCGAUGCUCCGUCCAUGGGCGCUGGCUACUCUCGCAGCGGUACCAGCCGAUUCAUCCACACAGACCCCUCCAGAUUCAUGUACACAACGCCUCUCCGCAGAGCUGCGGUCUCUCGGCUGGGAAACAUGUCACAAAUCGACAUGAGUGAGAAAGCAAGCAGUGACCUGGACAUGUCUUCUGAAGUGGAUGUUGGUGGAUAUAUGAGUGAUGGGGAUAUCCUUGGGAAAAGUCUGAGGACAGAUGAUAUCAAUAGUGGAUACAUGACAGACGGAGGACUUAACCUAUACACGAGAAGUCUGAACCGAUUACCAGACACAGCAACUUCCAGGGAUGUCAUCCAGAGAGGUGUGCAUGAUGUCACCGUGGAUGCAGACAGCUGGGAUGACAGCAGUUCAGUGAGCAGUGGUCUGAGUGACACCCUGGAUAACAUCAGUACUGAUGACCUGAACACAUCCUCCGUCAGCUCCUACUCCAACAUCACUGUCCCUUCCAGGAAGAAUACGCAGUUAAAGACAGACAUAGAGAAACGCACCACAACUGAUGAGACAUGGGACAGUCCUGAGGAGCUGAAGAAGCCAGAAGGGGAAUUCGAAAGCCAUGGUGAUGGAGGUGGCAAAUGGAAGGGGGGAUCCUCAGUACUUUCUGAAGACCCCGAGAAGGCAGCUCAGAAAGCGUCCCUGUCCAUGUCACAAACAGGCUCCUGGAGAAGAGGCAUGUCUGCUCAAGGAGCAGCACCAGCUAGGCAGAAAGCUGGUACAAGUGCACUCAAGACUCCCGGAAAGACCGAUGAUGCCAAAGCUUCAGAGAAAGGAAAAGCUCCCCUGAAAGGACCAUCUCUGCAGAGAUCUCCCUCUGAUGCAGGGAAAAGCAGCGGAGAUGAAGGGAAAAAGCCCCCCUCUGGCAUUGCAAGAUCCACUGCCACCAGCUCUUUUGGAUUUAAGAAAGCAAGUGGAGUCACAUCAUCUACCUUGAUCACAAGCAGUGGAGCAACCAUAACGAGCGGAUCGGCCACCUUGGGUAAAAUCCCCAAGUCAGCUGCUAUUGGUGGGAAGUCAAAUACGGGGAGGAAAACCAGCCUGGAUGGCUCCCAGAACCAGGAUGAUGUGGGGAUGCACAUGAGCUCCAAAACCACUCUCCAGUAUCGCAGCCUGCCCCGCCCUUCCAAAUCCAGCACCAGCGGCAUUCCAGGAAGAGGGGGCCACAGGUCCAGCACCAGCAGUAUCGACUCAAAUGUCAGCAGCAAGUCUUCGGGUGCCACCACUUCCAAACUGAGAGAACCCACGAAGAUUGGCUCGGGACGCUCCAGUCCAGUCACUGUCAACCAAACAGACAAGGAGAAGGAAAAAGUUGCCGUCUCAGACUCAGAUAGUGUAUCUUUGUCAGGUUCCCCCAAAUCCAGCCCCACUUCUGCCAGUGCCUGUGGUACCCCAGGACUCAGGCAGCCAGGGUCCAAGUAUCCAGAUAUUGCUUCCCCUACAUUUCGAAGGUUGUUUGGUGCCAAGGCGGGUGGCAAGGCUGCCCCUGCACCUAAUACGGAGGGAGUGAAAUCUUCCUCAGUAGUGCUCAGCCCUAGUACCACAUUAGCGCGGCAAGGCAGUCUGGAGUCACCGUCGUCUGGUACGGGCAGCAUGGGCAGUGCUGGUGGGCUCAGUGGCAGCAGCAGCCCUCUCUUCAAUAAACCCUCAGACUUAACUACAGAUGUUAUAAGCUUAAGUCAUUCCUUGGCCUCCAGCCCAGCGUCGGUUCACUCUUUCACCUCAGGUGGUCUUGUGUGGGCUGCCAAUCUGAGCAGUUCCUCUGCUGGCAGCAAGGACACUCCGAGCUACCAGUCUAUGACUAGCCUCCAUACGAGCUCUGAGUCCAUUGACCUGCCCCUCAGCCAUCAUGGCUCCCUGUCUGGACUGACCACAGGCACUCACGAGGUGCAGAGCCUGCUCAUGAGAACGGGUAGUGUGAGAUCUACUCUCUCAGAAAGCAUGCAGCUUGACAGAAAUACACUACCCAAAAAGGGACUCAGAUAUACACCAUCAUCGCGGCAGGCCAACCAAGAGGAGGGCAAAGAGUGGUUGCGUUCUCACUCCACUGGAGGGCUACAGGACACCGGUAGCCAGUCACCUCUGGUCUCCCCUUCUGCUAUGUCAUCUUCUGCCACAGGAAAAUACCACUUUUCCAACUUGGUGAGUCCCACCAAUCUGUCUCAAUUUAACCUUCCUGGCCCCAGCAUGAUGCGCUCAAACAGCAUCCCAGCCCAAGACUCUUCCUUCGAUCUCUAUGAUGAUUCCCAGCUCUGUGGGAGUGCCACGUCUCUAGAGGAAAGGCCACGUGCCAUCAGUCAUUCAGGCUCAUUUAGAGAUAGCAUGGAAGAAGUUCAUGGCUCUUCUUUAUCACUGGUCUCCAGUACUUCCUCUCUUUACUCUACGGCAGAAGAAAAGGCUCAUUCAGAGCAAAUCCAUAAGCUAAGGAGAGAGCUGGUUGCAUCACAAGAGAAAGUCGCGACUCUUACAUCUCAACUUUCAGCAAAUGCUCACCUCGUGGCAGCUUUUGAAAAGAGUUUAGGGAAUAUGACUGGCCGUUUGCAGAGUCUAACCAUGACAGCGGAACAAAAGGAAUCUGAACUUAUAGAACUACGAGAAACCAUUGAAAUGCUGAAGGCCCAGAACUCUGCUGCUCAGGCAGCCAUCCAGGGAGCCCUGAAUGGUCAGGACCACCCUCCCAAAGAUCUCCGCAUCAGAAGACAACAUUCCUCAGAAAGCGUGUCUAGUAUCAAUAGUGCCACAAGCCAUUCCAGCAUUGGCAGUGGUAAUGAUGCCGACUCCAAGAAAAAGAAAAAGAAAAACUGGGUGAACUGUAGAGGAAGUGAGCUGAGAAGCUCUUUCAAACAAGCCUUUGGAAAGAAAAAGUCCACCAAGCCUCCUUCCUCUCACUCGGACAUAGAAGAGCUUACUGAUUCCUCCCUUCCAGCUUCCCCUAAGCUGACCCAUAACACUGGGGACUGUGGCCCAGGAUCCAUGAAGCCAUCUCAAUCUGCUUCUGCGAUCUGUGAAUGCACAGAAGCUGAGGCAGAGAUCAUUCUGCAGCUGAAGAGCGAGCUCAGAGAGAAGGAAUUAAAACUAACAGAUAUUCGGCUGGAGGCCCUCAGCUCUGCCCACCAUCUUGAUCAGAUCCGGGAAGCCAUGAACCGGAUGCAGAAUGAAAUUGAAAUACUGAAGGCUGAAAAUGAUCGACUGAAGGCUGAAACUGGUAACAUCACUAAGCCUGCUCGGCCACCAUCAGAAUCCUCAAGCACUGCGUCCUCCUCUUCUUCCCGGCAGUCGCUGGGGCUUUCCCUCAACAACCUGAACAUCACAGACUCUGUUACCUCAGAUAUUUUGCUUGAUGACGCUGGUGAUGCAACUGGACAUAAGGAUGGCCACAGUGUGAAAAUUAUAGUCUCUAUAAGCAAGGGCUAUGGUCGAGCAAAGGACCAGAAGUCUCAGGCAUAUUUGAUAGGAUCCAUUGGUGUUAGUGGCAAAACCAAAUGGGAUGUCUUAGAUGGUGUUAUUAGACGUCUUUUUAAGGAAUAUGUGUUCCGAAUUGAUACAUCUUCCAGUCUGGGUCUGAGCUCUGACUGUAUUGCUAGCUACUGUAUAGGAGACUUAAUUAGAUCUCAAAACCUAGAAGUGCCUGAACUGCUGCCUUGUGGAUACCUAGUGGGAGAUAAUGACGUGAUCACUGUGAACCUGAAAGGGGUAGAAGAAAACAGUUUGGACAGUUUUGUUUUUGAUACACUGAUUCCUAAACCAAUUACCCAAAGGUACUUUAACUUGUUGAUGGAGCAUCACAGAAUUAUACUCUCAGGACCAAGUGGUACUGGAAAGACCUAUUUAGCAAACAAACUUGCUGAGUAUGUAAUAACCAAAUCUGGGAGGAAAAAGACAGAGGAUGCAAUUGCCACUUUCAAUGUGGAUCACAAGUCAAGUAAGGAAUUGCAACAGUAUUUAGCUAACCUGGCUGAACAGUGCAGUGCUGAUAAUAAUGGUGCAGAGCUCCCAGUUGUAAUUAUUCUUGAUAAUCUCCAUCAUGUGGGCUCUUUAGGUGAUAUCUUCAAUGGUUUCCUCAACUGUAAAUACAACAAAUGUCCGUAUAUUAUUGGAACAAUGAAUCAGGGAGUUUCUUCAUCACCAAAUCUAGAGCUGCAUCACAAUUUCAGAUGGGUAUUAUGUGCAAAUCACACAGAACCUGUGAAAGGCUUUUUAGAGAGAUACCUUCGAAGGAAACUGGUGGAGAUGGAAAUUGAAAAGAAUAUACGGAAUAAUGACCUGGUUAAAAUCAUAGAUUGGAUUCCUAAGACAUGGCAUCAUCUCAAUAGUUUUUUAGAAACACAUAGUUCUUCUGAUGUUACCAUUGGUCCUAGACUUUUUCUUCCCUGCCCCAUGGAUGUAGAAGGUUCUAGAGUAUGGUUCAUGGAUCUCUGGAACUAUUCCUUGGUACCAUAUAUUCUGGAGGCAGUGAGAGAAGGUCUUCAGAUGUAUGGGAAACGCGCACCCUGGGAAGAUCCCUCCAAGUGGGUUCUUGAUACAUACCCAUGGAGCUCAGCAUCUCUGCCUCAGGAGGGCCCAGCAUUGCUUCAGUUGCGACCAGAAGAUGUGGGGUAUGAGGGAUGCACAUCUACUAAAGAAGCCACAACUUCAAAGCACAAUCCACAGACUGACACAGAAGGGGACCCCCUGAUGAAUAUGUUAAUGAAACUCCAAGAAGCAGCCAAUUACUCGGGCACACAAAGCUGCGACAGUGAUGGCACCAGCCACCAUGAAGACAUUUUGGAUUCAUCCCUUGAAUCCACCCUCUAGGGUGAAAAAAAAAGUUAAGGGAAAAGACAAUGCAUUUUAACAAAGUGUUUUAAAAGAAAAUGUAUUUUCACUAAAGGUAUUUCACUGCCAGUAUGAAAGUCCCCUGUCCAGAGCUCUGACCCAGUCUCGUGGUCACCAAGGAGGCAGCAGAACUAAGAUCAGAAGCGCCAAGAUGCUAAGUUGAAAUGGGAGCUUCAUUUUAUUUUAUUUCUGGGCAUUUUUAUAUCCAUGGAGUCUUAGCAGGCUCCAUGACCCAACUGAAAGGACCCUCAUGACAGGGCAACGGAAAUAGCUUGCACAUGGGUUAGCCAAACUGGACUUUCCUUUUCCUUCCUCUUGAAAAGUUUACAAAGCUGACCUUUUCUUUUCUUUUGUCCCUUUUCCUUUUGGUUCCUGUCUGUUCUCCCCAGGCAGAGUUCCUUCUUCUGAUCUGACCAUCCACCCUCUUUUGUGCCACCCUCCUUGGUGCUGGUCACAGGGCUCCAGUAGUGUUUGUGUUGUGCACCAUCCCAUUCCAGAAUGAAUCCAAGAGGCCAGUCCUCCAGAAGCACAAAAGGAAUUGUGCAACCACUGGGAAAGCACUACUGUGGCAAACUGGAGAAAUGGCCAGUUCACACUCACUGCCAUGUUCCCAAUCACUUGCGCCAACAACCUCUUAACGUCUGAGUCACAGGUUUUAUAAGGUUGUUUUUACCACAGUGGUCUUUUCAAACCACCUUCCCACUCCCUUAACAAGAGUUUUAUAUUAAUUAUUAGUCCACACUGACAAAAGGCUUUUUUAGGGCUUUAUUUGUUCGAGCCUUUUCAGUGAAAGAAGGAACAUUUCCUAUGGUGCUGUCUCACUGCCUUAAAACAGAUUUCUACAAUGGUUUACUAGUUGGUUUAAAUCAAAAACUAUUGGUAAUUUCCUCCGUCUCUUUAUUUUCACAACCAAACAACACCAGUUAAUACAGUAGCCUCAUCUCUAUCAAUUGCUGUUCUUUCUUUCCUUUUCUCUUAUUUUUUUGGAGACAUGGAUAGGAGGAAGAUUAGUAUGUUUACCUUAUGAGUGGAUUGUUUUCCCUGUUCUCUACAUGGCUUGAGUACCCUAGAAAUCAUCUUUAACCUUUGCUUCAAAGUAGAGACAUGGCUAAAUUCCAUCCAGUUCUAAUUGAAAAAGUUUCAGAAGGUGGGAGCUUUCAAAUCCUGAUCUAGCAGAGCUGGGAACAGGAAAGGAAGUAUGAGCACAACUAUUUGGUUUUUCCUUCCCUGUUCUUUCAUUUCCAUUUCUUUUUUUUUUUUGAAGUUAGUUUUGAUGCAUGUUGUUUUGAUCACUGUUAUUGUACAUGAGAAAUUCAGCAUUAAAGAACACUGAAGCAGUAAAGUCACUGUGGAAAGAGGGAGCGUUGAUACUGUAAACGAAGGUUAGAUAUGCACAGUCUACUGGGUAGGUAUUGUAAAUAAUGUUUUUCAAAGUUGCACAAAUCAAAACAAACACAAACCAAGUUGUAUUUUAUCCUGUUGGUGUUUUAAGAGGUGUUUCACUUGCUGAGAUUUCCUGUAUGUUACAAACAAAGACAGAAUGCAAAUCCUCAAAGCUGUUAUGAUCUGGUGUGUUUGUCCUGUAUUCACAGUUGUUAUGACUACACAGGAGCUACAGUGCUACAGUGAGCAUGCUUCAAAACUGUCCAUGAAGCCAGUAUAUUUUUGGAAUCAGUAAAAACUGUCUGAAAGUACAUCUGUGGUGGCAGGCUUUAGAGUGCAUGAAAACUGAUCAGAGUCAUUGGAGAAGCUAACCACCACCACUCACACACACACAGAGGACAGGUUUGUAGUUCAUGAAACCCAAGGGCUAGGCCAUGGUGUUGACUUGUUCUAUACAAGUGAAACUGUGCUACUUUUUGGAUGUGUAACUGGUGCUAUCCUCUGUGACCACUCCAUGGGUCAGUUGCUAUCAAACAAAUCAUAUCAACACAAGACAUCUGUGCAGUUUUCAGAGUAUCACUAAGUGCAUAGGUCCUUACAAGGUGCUAUUGCCCUGAGGGAAAUCUGAACUGAAUUUAUGCACAUGGAAUUGUCACCCUGACUUUCAAGCCUCAAACAUGGAUCAACUCUGUUGUGCAACAUCCAUAAUGUAGCUGGAUGAGUGACUUGUUGCCCUUGUAUAAUAUGUGAUCUACAAAAAUUGCGAAUCUUUUCCUGCCAUUUUGAGAAACACAGUCCAAACAUGAGCAUAAAAAGAAUUUCCUGCAAUACAUCCAAUAGGUCUGCCUAGUUUACAACUUAAACUAGUUUGUGAAACAUUUGUCUGUAUACAUUUUAUAUUUUGUACAUUUUUUGAUGUAACAUAUCAUGUAAAUAGGCAGAAAACAGUGAGAAAUAAAUCAUCUGACAAAGUUUUGUAGUCUUUGUAAAGCCCCAACAAUAAGUACUUAGUGUCAAUGGACUUAACUGGAUGAUGUAUUUUCUAUUGGUUUAUUGUUCCUCUCUAGCUUGUAAACCAGCUUGCAUAUAUUUUUUUGCAAAUGUGCACCCUGUAUCUGUCUAAAUUAUUACUUUGCCAUUAAAGUGGAAUUAUUU